CAUUUGUCACCACCUGAUGUUUGCAAGACGACGAACUUUUUGGUGUUUAUCCACAAAACUACCUCCAUUUUCUCUCUGGCAAGAAGAUUGAUUUACCUAAACUUUAUCAAGAAAAACAACUGGCCGUUUGACCUUGUCGAUUCAUCUGAUUGAGAUUAGUUGUUGUCUUCUUUGCACAAUACCACGUGUUUUAUCAGGAUGUUUGAUUCCUGUGUCAAAGCUGUGCUCAUGUGAUAAUGUUUUUCUUGUCACAAAGGUGCCUUACUUUUCGUGAUUUCACUGCCACUUCAUCGAUGUCAGCUGAGUUUAUGUGUUAAGGAGCCACGUUGUGUGCUGUUAGUCGGCCCUGGCUGCACGUGUUUGGUGAAACUAUCAGAGCGCGCACGAGGCACGCGCGCACCUAUUGCUCGGGCAACCAGGCACGAGACCUCUAGUCAGGUUACCGGAGGACCGGGACAGACUGCGGAGAGAUGGAGUUUGAGGAGUCCGGUAUCGGGGAGGAGUGCGGGGUUUUCGGGUGUGUGGCUGCCGGAGAGUGGCCCACACAGCUGGAGGUGGCGCAGGUCUUGAGUCUGGGACUUGUGGCGUUGCAGCACAGGGGUCAGGAAAGUGCCGGGAUUGUCACAAGUAAUGGAGCCAGUCCGCCCACAUACACAGCCCACAAGGGAAUGGGAUUAGUGAACACUGCUUUCCCAGCCGAGGCUCUUCUGAAGCUGCGCUAUGGUAACCUCGGUAUUUGUCACACACGCUAUUCAACUACUGGGAACUCUGAGUUGCAGAACUGCCAGCCAUUUGUGGUGGAUACACUGCAUGGCAAGAUUGCUGUAGCACACAAUGGAGAGCUGGUUAAUGCUCAUGCCCUACGGAAAAAGGUAAUGCGCCAUGGUGUAGGCCUCUCCACCAGCUCAGACAGCGAGCUCAUCACCCAACUGCUGGCAUUUACUCCACCUAUGGAGGAGCUGGAUGCACCAGACUGGGUUGCCAGAAUAAAAAAUCUGAUGACUGAGACCCCUACAUCAUACUCAUUGUUGGUGAUGUUCAAAGAUGUUAUCUAUGCGGUGCGUGAUCCAUACGGAAAUCGUCCCCUCUGCAUAGGGCGGCUUGUUCCAAUCUCUAAACUGCACAGUUCAGGAGCUGGAGAGGAGGACACCGAGGGGUGGGUUGUGUCAUCAGAGUCCUGCAGUUUCCAGUCAAUUGGUGCCAGGUAUUACAGAGAGGUCUUACCAGGAGAGAUAGUCCAGAUAUCCAAGCACGGGGUCAAGUCUCUAAGUGUUGUCCCUCGCCCUGAGGGAGACCUCCCAGCCUUCUGCAUAUUUGAAUAUGUUUACUUUGCCAGACCAGACUCAAUUUUUGAAGGGCAGAUGGUCUAUACUGUCAGGCAGCGCUGUGGUCGGCAAUUAGCCAUCGAGGCUCCAACAGACGCAGACGUGGUCAGCACUGUGCCUGAGUCUGCAACUCCUGCUGCACUGGGCUACGCUCAGCAGUCUGGGCUGCCAUAUAUAGAGGUUCUGUGUAAGAACCGCUACGUUGGGAGAACAUUUAUUCAACCAAAUACCCGCUUGAGGCAGUUAGGAGUUGCCAAGAAGUUUGGAGCUUUGACAGACAACUUUGCUGGGAAACGAGUGGUGCUAGUUGAUGACUCCAUCGUCAGAGGCAACACCAUUGCCCCCAUUAUAAAACUGCUGAAGGAAGCUGGUGCAACUGAGGUCCAUAUCAGGGUAGCCUCUCCACCAAUCAGGUUCCCUUGCUACAUGGGGAUCAAUAUUCCAACCAAGGAGGAGCUCAUCGCCAACAAGCCAGAGUUUCAGAACAUUGCUAGAUACAUUGGUGCAGACAGUGUUCAGUAUCUGACUGUGGAGGGCCUGUUAUCAGCUGUCCAGGAGGGAAUCCCCUCCCUCCAGGACAAGGACAAGAUGAUCAGCUCCAGUAACAAGUCCAGCAAGAGAGUGGGUCACUGCACAGCCUGUCUGACUGGGAAAUAUCCAGUAGAGCUGGAGUGGUAACUGGUGUACCAACGCCAUGACCAAGCAGCAGAACUGUGGAUUUACCGCAAGCUCCCACAGCUGAUCCAUGUGAAUGAAAUAGACUGGAAAAGUGGUCGGGGUUCUAAAUACUACUAGGUGGGACACUAAGAGACCAAUUAAAUACACAAUGUAUGCUUUCUCUUCCGAGGGUCAUUAUGAAAGUCUGUUUACUAUAUCCUGAUACCACUAAAGUGGGAUUACAGGUGCACAUGUCUGACCACACAACACUCUACAUUUUUAUGGUAAAAGAAUUUUUUCACAAGUCUUAAUUUGUUUUAGUUUUUUUUUUUUCCCAUUCCAAGCCUUAACAGGAGCAUUAGAUAUUAACUAGUGACCAAAAAGUGAAACUGUCCUUAUUUUCCGUAUCAAGUUUACUUUUCUACUUUUACCCUAAAUCACUAUGCUCUUUUGUCUGGCUGUUGGAUAUAUUUUGGCUUUACUUUGAACAUUACAUGAAUAUAAUGUAGAAGUUAAAUAAUAAACUGCAAUGAGAACAUG